CCUUCUUCAGUAUCACAUAUAAUUUUCGUUGCUCGAUCAUUGCUGGCAAAGAGCACUAGCAGUCCAGUCCGUCUAGAAACUGGAGUAAAAAUCCGGGUUUUACAGUUAUGGAUCUUGCUUGCAAGGUGGCUUGUGCUCGGCCGCCUCCGCCGGGUUCAGGCUGGCGUCACUCUGGUCCAUCUCGGUCAUCGAGUAAUAAGCAGCAGAUUUCAGCGGCACUCAGAAUCUCAAAUCUUGCUUCAUCUUCUUCUAGCACUGGCUUGCGGCAGAGAGCGGCGUCUGCUCCGUUGACGACUACGGCGAUAAAGGGGGCUGACAAUUCCAAUGGCAGCUUACCGAUACAGAACGGUGGAUUGUCGGGGAAAUCCAGUAGCGCCAUGGAGCAGCUUGAUAUUGAAAGGGGUGUUUGUAUUCCGUUCCGGAAGUACUCUCCUGAGAUUGUCAGGAAUACAGUUUUGGAAUCUAGAGGGGCUAUUCUGUUUCUGGUGGCUCGAGGGGUGGAGAUAGUUUGGAACUUGGGGCUCUAUUGGUCUGGCCUUACGUACGACUUCUUUGUAGGACGGGAUGAAGAAGUGGUGCCUUACCGAGCCAGACAGCUUAGGAAUCUCUUGUGUGAUUUGGGGCCUUCCUUCAUCAAAGCUGGGCAGGUUCUGGCCAACAGACCGGAUAUUAUUAGGGAAGAUUACAUGAAUGAACUCUGCAUUCUUCAAGAUGACGUUCCUCCUUUCCCUAAUCAGGUUGCCUUUGCCAUUAUUGAAGAGCAAUUGGGCCAGCCUUUAGAAGCAGUAUUCAGCAAAAUUUCACCACAAACAAUAGCAGCUGCAAGUUUGGGUCAAGUUUACUGUGCUACUCUACGUAAAACAGGGGAGGAUGUUGCCAUUAAGGUCCAAAGGCCUGAGAUAGAACCUAUAAUCUACCGAGAUCUUUUCCUAUUUCGUACUCUUGCCUCAUUCUUGAAUGGCAUCAGUCUGCAGAAGCUGGGGUGCAAUGCAGAGCUUAUUGUUGAUGAGUUCGGUGAGAAGCUUUUGGAGGAACUCGAUUAUACUCUGGAGGCUCGAAAUAUUGAGGAUUUCAUAGAGAACUUCAAAGAUGACCUUACUGUCAAGAUUCCUCGGGUUUAUAAAAGUCUUUCAGGUCCACGUGUUAUAGUAAUGGAAUGGAUUGAUGGUAUUCGGUGUACUAACCCCCAGGCUAUUAAGGAAGCAGGCAUUGAUAUAAAUGGGUUUUUGACAGUUGGGGUUAGUGCUGCUUUACGCCAGUUGCUAGAGUUUGGGUUGUUUCAUGGAGAUCCACAUCCUGGAAAUAUCUUUGCCAUGCGUGAUGGUCGUAUUGCAUAUGUUGACUUUGGGAAUGUUGCUGUUCUCAGUCAGCAAAACAAGCAGAUUUUGAUUGAUGCUGUUGUUCAUGCUGUAAAUGAGGACUAUGUUGAGAUGGCAAAUGAUUUCACCAGGCUCGGUUUCCUUGCUAGUGGAACCGAUGUAUCUCCCAUUAUUCCAGCUUUAGAAGCAAUCUGGCAGAACUCAGCGGGAAAAGGAUUAUCAGAUUUUAAUUUUCGAAGUGUUACUGGGAAAUUUAACCAAAUGGUUUACCAGUACCCUAUCCGGAUCCCUGAGAGGUUCUCUCUUGUUAUCCGUUCUUUAUUAACUCAGGAGGGCAUUUGUUUCACAUUGAAGCCAGAUUUUAAAUUUCUGGAGGUUGCCUAUCCAUAUGUGGCAAAGCGUCUUUUGACAGAUCCUAAUCCUGCACUACGUGAACGGCUCAUACAGGUUCUUUUUAAAGAUGGAGUUUUUCAGUGGAAACGGCUUGAGAACCUCAUAAUUCUAGCAAAGGAGAAUGUGGUGAAAAUGAGUAGCAACCCAGCAAUGCUAGUGAAGAACAAAACACAAAAGACCAAGGAUUGGCAAGUUGAAAAGAAAUUGGACCUUACUGAUACCAUCAAGGAUGGAGCUCGCCUUUUCCUAAUUGAUGCAGGGAUUCGCAGACAGCUUCUUCUUGCUCUAACUGAAGAUUCCAAGAUGCACAUACAAGAGCUUGUUGACGUGUAUAGACUGAUUGAAGGUGAUAUAGAUCUACCCUCAGUAGCUUUGGAGGUUAUACAAGAGUUGCCAGCUUUUACACGGGAUAUGAUGUUGUCAUGGAGUGAUUCUGUUUUAUCAGACAAGUGAUAUGAAGCCUUCAAGUGUCUACCCUAUGAUUAGAUCCUGAGUUUGUCGAGCAUUACUUGUACUAUAGCUAAAGCACCAUUAUUAUAUAAUUUUGGUUAUAGAAUCCUAACAAAUGUUGUAAUAUUGGAAUCACAUCAUUCUCUGUAUAGCAAUUAUCAUUAGCCAUUUAUAAACAUGUGGAAAGAAUAAAUCAAGAUGGGAAAAAAGGGAAUUUCACCAUGUAUUGUGUAUAUUUGUAUCAUCAUCAGCAUAUAUGUGGUUGGUAUUUGGAAAAACAGAAGUGCCUUUACCACUUCAAUUUACUGAUAUGGCAUCCUUUUUAAAUCAUAUGCUUUUAAGCCCUCCUUGCCCA